CCGAUGCCUCGACCCUGGAACGUAAUUGGCUUCGUGUCCGCCGUCAUUUGUGAUAUCCCUGCUGCCAUCGACUUCGCCUGGUGAAUCUGGUGAUACCGCGCCGGAGCGGCGAUGAGCAUCACGACGAUGACGACGUAGCAGCAACGCACAGAGGCCUCGACUUCCUCAACGACAUCCACAAUCUUCCGAUAUGGCGGCACCGCCGCAUGCUCCCCAGCACGCCCGAGGGAGAUCAGGCACUGUGUCUGGGCCUCACAGUCUCUCGCUCAAGGUCCUGCGACUCUCGCGUCCAACCCUCGCUGCGCAGACGCCGCUGCCACAUACUUCCUUUGGCAAUGGGCUCGAUAUCCCUCCCAAUGCCUCGCUGGCCUACCCCAGUGCCGAUGAGAACUCUACCUUCCCGCUGACUACCGCGCUCACACUUCCCUCCGCCUUUGGCGCAGCCUAUGUCGGCGAGACCUUCACGUGCACCCUAUGCGUCAACAACGAGCUCCCGGCUGGAGAUGGCGCCGGACGCAAGACUGUCAGUGGGAUCAAGAUCCUCGCCGAGCUUCAGACACCCACUCAGCCUACAGGCAUCGCUCUUGAGCUAGAAAGCGGAGACAAGGACGGCAAAGCAUCAGCAGAAGAGGAGGAGCACAUAGAACCAGGCACUACACUCCAGCGCACGCUUCGUCACGAGCUCAAGGAUGAAGGACAGUACGUCCUCGCGGUGACAAUCAGCUACACCGAAACACUCCACACUCCAGAUGGAGCAGCAGCGAGCGGAGGACGAACUCGCACAUUCCGCAAACUGUACCAAUUCGUCUCGCAACAACUUCUCGCUGUGCGGUCAAAAGUCACAGAGCGCAAGAUUCGAGAAAAAGAUGCUCCGCGACAGUGGGUGUUGGAGGCUCAAUUGGAGAACAUCGGAGAGUCGAGUAUUGUAUUGGAGAAGAUUUGGUUAAAGGAGAGCGAAGGCGUUAGCGGGAAAGCGAUGAAUGGCGAAGAAGAGGGAAAAGAGGCGGUAGUAUUGAAACCGCAGGAUGUGGAGCAGGUCAUGUUUUUGGUGACCGAGAAAGAUAAGAGCGAGGAUCUGGGCAGUAAGGUGCCCCUAGGACUGUUGAACAUCGACUGGAGAAACGCGAUGGGCGAGCCAGGAAGCUUGACCACCGGAUGGUUGUCGAGCAGAGGACGAUGAGUUGAGUGUGCCUUUGAGGAGACGCUGCACAGCGAGAUGUGCGACGAGGCACAAUAGUGGAGUGGCACAAGGAAUCUGGAAAUCUCGGCUCUCGUAAGUCUGGCGAGUGACGCGAGUCUGGCUGAGAGAUGUGCUGGAUCAAGCCACACGUACUUUUCGGAGUGCAGUUGGAGCUUAGGAGCUCAUCUCUGCACAACACGUCAUGGCGCUGCGAAGUGACCCAAUGUGACGCCUCAGAGCCGGUGGUCUGGAACACUCAUCUCACUUCAGAGGCACGCAGGGACGGGUGCCGACUCCAAUCGGCUGAGGUGGUGUCCAGCAUGAGCUUGCACAUGAUGAAUGUCUCUGCAGGUACCAUGAGUUCGCCAGUGCUCUGUGUUGAUAUCGACGAUCCGCGUUCGUUGCUAGACAAAGCUCCCCAGUGGUCUCAUCGGGCAAGAAUACUCGCUACCAAACAAGAGCUGGGGCUCUAGACCUACACGUGGCACUGGAGACAUGCUACAACGCACAGAAUGUUCAUCACUACUGCUGUGACUGUGCCGUUGAAAGGAAGAGCUACUCCUUACCCUACUAGGCAUGUGCGCUCUUCAAUUGAUCUAUGAUUCGCAUCGCCGAACGGUGUGGACCAGAGACUCUACCGGCACACGAUCAACGAUCAGCACCAACAGCCAACGCUCUCGAUAAUCCCAAUGGCAAGACCUUGCGGAUCACCUUGACAUCGUCCGUUUAUGGUGCGAUGCCCAUGAGCUACAGGAGAGUCGACUGUGCGCGAUAGUCUUGCACCAGCACAUUCGUAAUGCAUGCAAUUGGACUCUACGUCAAGAUCUCCAGACCUCCAACGACGAUGAGGCACCCAUCUGCCACGGGCCAGCAACGAUAGCAUAGAGUUACGAUUGACCGCCGCCAGCAGCCUCUCCCCUGGCGAUGCACAGUUUGGCUCGACUUGGCGCGGAGACAAAUCACAAUUUCGUGCGCAUUAUUAUUCGAUGCUCCAGUAUUUUGAUCUCUGGUGACUCCACAUGAUAUAAUUCUCUCAAGAUGCGGAGACGUCGCUGCAAUUGGUCUCCACGUGAGAAGAUCAGGGAGUCAGGGACCGAAGCUUUUCCCCUCGAUGAGUGGAGCAUCAUGUACUCGAAACUGAUAUCUACGACCAAUCUGCAUAGAAUGUGAUCUGCAUUUCUGCAGAUUUUUGCAGAUUGUGAGUUGAGAUUUUGCCGUCCCUGGAGUUGAUCAAGCAGUCUACGCGUGAAGUUGGACAUGCGCAGAAGAGAGAUGAAUCCCCAUCUAUCGUUCCUCUCGUGAGCCAGACGGCGGGUGCAAUGCCGUGGACGUGACAUUACCGGCGCAACGGGUUUCUUUUCGGUCCCAUAUUCGGGCCCUCUGUAAAUGGAUGCUGAGCGAGCGGGUUCGCGCUUACGAAUAGGAAGCGUUGACCGUAAACGUGGCGAUUUCCUGUGCCUCAUCGUUUACCUUUCUUUCACUUUCGCUCCGGUUUAUCGUAUCCACAACUGAUGAGCAGGAGCCACCGCAAGGAAGAAGCUAGAAAAGCAGCUGCUGUGUAGCGUGCGUCGGAGUUGCAUCCUUCGGCCUGCGGC